CGCGCGGCGGUCGCUGAUCUGCUGGGAGCGGGCGCGGGAACCGGCGCGGGGUAGGGGGCGGAGCUGUAGUCCCGGCGGCGGAAGGAGGAGAGGAAGAAAGGGGCGAGCCUGGGUUCCCAGCGGCGGCACAAGGCUCUGAGCUCGGUGCGCGGGCGUCUCUGGCCAGGCGCUUUGCUUUCGGUCGGUCAGUGACGGCGUUGAGCUCUCUCUGGAGCCACCGCUGCUCCACUGCUGCUGUUCUAGUGCUUCUGCCGCUGUCGCCGCCGCUGCCGUGGGGCUCGGGCGGCGACAGAGCGGGGCCGGCCGCGGGGCGGGCGGGGAGGGAGGAGGCUGUGAAGGCGGCGGGCCGGGGGGGAAGAUGCCGCUGGCGCAGCUGGCGGACCCGUGGCAGAAGAUGGCUGUGGAGAGCCCGUCCGACAGCGCUGAGAAUGGACAGCAAAUUAUGGAUGAACCUAUGGGAGAGGAGGAGAUUAAUCCGCAAACUGAAGAAGGCAGCAUCAAAGAAAUUGCAAUCACACAUCAUGUAAAGGAAGGACAUGAAAAGGCAGAUCCUUCCCAGUUUGAACUUUUGAAAGUAUUAGGGCAGGGAUCAUUUGGAAAGGUUUUCUUAGUUAAAAAAAUCUCAGGCUCUGAUGCUAGACAGCUUUAUGCCAUGAAGGUAUUGAAGAAGGCUACACUGAAAGUUCGAGACCGUGUUCGGACAAAAAUGGAGCGUGAUAUCUUGGUAGAAGUUAACCAUCCUUUUAUUGUCAAAUUGCAUUAUGCUUUUCAAACUGAAGGGAAGCUGUAUCUUAUUUUGGAUUUUCUCAGGGGAGGAGAUUUGUUUACACGCUUAUCCAAAGAGGUGAUGUUCACAGAAGAAGAUGUCAAAUUCUACUUGGCUGAACUUGCACUUGCUUUAGACCAUCUACAUAGCCUGGGAAUAAUUUAUAGAGACUUAAAACCAGAAAACAUUCUUCUUGAUGAAGAAGGUCAUAUCAAGUUAACAGAUUUUGGUCUAAGUAAAGAGUCUAUUGACCAUGAAAAGAAGGCAUAUUCUUUUUGUGGAACUGUGGAAUAUAUGGCUCCAGAAGUAGUUAAUCGUAGAGGUCAUACUCAGAGUGCUGACUGGUGGUCUUUUGGUGUGUUAAUGUUUGAAAUGCUCACUGGUACACUACCUUUCCAAGGAAAAGAUCGAAAAGAAACAAUGACUAUGAUUCUUAAAGCCAAACUUGGGAUGCCACAGUUUUUGAGUCCUGAAGCCCAGAGCCUUUUGCGAAUGCUUUUCAAGAGAAAUCCUGCGAACAGAUUAGGUGCGGGACCAGAUGGAGUUGAAGAAAUUAAAAGACAUUUAUUUUUUUCAACAAUAGACUGGAAUAAACUGUAUAGAAGAGAAAUUCACCCACCUUUUAAACCUGCAACUGGCAGGCCUGAAGAUACAUUUUAUUUUGAUCCUGAGUUUACUGCAAAAACUCCCAAAGAUUCACCAGGCAUUCCACCUAGUGCUAAUGCACAUCAGCUAUUUCGAGGGUUUAGUUUUGUUGCUAUUACCUCAGAUGAUGAAAGCCAAGCUAUGCAGACAGUUGGUGUUCAUUCAAUUGUUCAGCAGUUGCACAGGAACAGUAUUCAGUUUACUGAUGGAUAUGAAGUAAAAGAAGAUAUUGGAGUUGGCUCAUACUCUGUUUGCAAGAGAUGUAUACAUAAAGCUACAAACAUGGAGUUUGCAGUGAAGAUUAUUGAUAAAAGCAAGAGAGACCCAACAGAAGAAAUUGAAAUUCUUCUUCGUUAUGGACAGCAUCCAAACAUUAUUACCCUAAAGGAUGUAUAUGACGAUGGGAAAUAUGUGUAUGUAGUAACAGAACUUAUGAAAGGAGGUGAAUUGCUGGACAAAAUUCUUAGACAGAAAUUUUUCUCUGAACGAGAGGCCAGUGCUGUCCUGUUUACUAUAACCAAAACUGUUGAAUAUCUACAUGCACAAGGGGUGGUCCACAGAGAUUUGAAGCCUAGCAACAUUCUUUAUGUUGAUGAAUCUGGUAAUCCAGAGUCUAUUCGAAUUUGUGACUUCGGCUUUGCAAAGCAGCUGAGAGCAGAAAAUGGUCUUCUCAUGACUCCUUGUUACACUGCAAAUUUUGUUGCGCCAGAGGUUUUAAAACGGCAAGGCUACGAUGCUGCUUGUGAUAUAUGGAGUCUUGGUGUUCUCCUGUAUACAAUGCUUACCGGUUACACUCCCUUUGCAAAUGGUCCUGAUGAUACACCAGAGGAAAUACUCGCACGAAUAGGUAGUGGAAAAUUCUCACUCAGUGGCGGUUACUGGAAUUCAGUUUCAGAUACAGCAAAAGACCUGGUGUCAAAGAUGCUUCAUGUAGACCCUCAUCAAAGACUGACUGCUGCUCUUGUGCUCAGACAUCCUUGGAUUGUCCACUGGGACCAACUACCACAAUACCAAUUGAACAGACAGGAUGCACCGCAUCUAGUAAAGGGUGCCAUGGCAGCUACAUAUUCUGCUUUAAAUCGUAAUCAGUCACCAGUUUUGGAACCAGUAGGCCGCUCUACUCUUGCUCAGCGGAGAGGUAUUAAAAAAAUCACCUCAACAGCCCUGUGAAGUGACCUCAGUGAGAUAUCUGGUACCAUGAUGUAAGCUGAUAGCACAAGUUCUGGCGACAGGUAGCACAUAUCUGAGAGACACCUGCAAGCACACACUGUCCCAGCUGGUACCCAUAAUGCUGCUGCUCCUGCUGCUGCUCCUGCUUUCGUCUCUUCUCGCUUUAAAUGAUUGGUAGCAAGUUAGAUUUUCCUGGAGCUUCGGAUGGAAUGAAUAUGGAAACAAUGAUGGAGAUAUAAUCACUGAAUCAACUAGAAAAAUAAUGAACAUAUGAAUACCACCUAAAAUACACUGAAUAAAGUACUCUACACCAUAUAGCAUUAUUUUUAUAGGAAAUAUUUCAUGUCCCUUAAAUAUCCUUUGUUAGUUAUAGGGAUGGACAGUUUAUGUUAAACACUUAGCUUAAACAGUCCAUUUAUAUUAGCACUGUAUCCCUUGUGCCAUCCAACAUUUUGUAUGUUUUUGUAAACAGUUCAUAUACAGUACAUUUCUGUACUGCUUUCUUUAAUGUACACAUGCCUUGUUUAACUUAGAACCUAUUAUUAAUCAAUGAUUAUUAAAUCUGGUUAACUAGUUCACUUGGAUUAACAGUAUUGUUGGACAGCCCUAAACAUGGCCAGAUUGUGGAACAGCUGUUGAAUGUAAUAUUUCAAAAUGUAUAUAUCUUUCCCUGUGUCUGUUUCACUGGUUUGUUCAUUUGUUUGUUUCUUAAAAUCGGGUGUUCUGUCAGACUAAUUUAGAGAGCUGUUAUGGUAUAGAAAGUUGUCGUAUGUGUGUGGCAUGAAAUCAAGAAUACACCUGUGAAGUGAUUCCAUAUACUUUGCAACUCCUUUGGGUUCUUUUUUCCUUAAUUAAGGAGAUAACCCUUGCACUUUGAAUCUUACAUAGUAUCCAUACUUAAUGUACAUCAAAGGCCUUUAAAAGUCAUCGUCAAGAGAUCGGUGAAGGAAAAUUUACAACUAGUAAUCGAAGUCCUAUGUAAUAAAGGCCACGGGCCUCUACAUGAAGUUGAAUUUAAUUCUUAAUCAAACAGUUAUCUCUUCUAACCUGAAAUUAUAGCUAAGGUAGGCUAAGUGAAUGUUCUGCACUUAGUGAUUUCUGAAUCCCUCCUGAUUUAUAGCCAUAUGAUAUUUCCCUUGACUGCAGAGAUGAUUUUUCGUAAUCACCCCCUGGAUCUGUUGCGGCAUUCAUUACGUACACACAAUUUGUUAUUUCCACAAUUUUAUAUUACUUGACAAAAUAAACUUCUGUACCGAUCAGUACCCCUAAAUAUGUAAUGUGAAAAACAUACAGGUAAAGAGUGUCCAAAUAGAUAAGUACUCAGGUAUUACAUACCAGAAAUCUUCUCCUGCCAGAAGCUUUAAAUCAUCCCCUAAGCAUACCAAGCCAAAUGUUAUGGAAGCCACUGUUUGUCAUUCCUUAAUUUCUGCUCUAUGCUAUUAAUGAGAAAAAUCCAUAAUAUUCCUUUGCCCAAGUAACACAAAAUGGUUACUGCAUAGAAAGCAAAUGUAAUUCUAUCUCAAAUACAGGAAAAGUGAAUAGGAGAAAGACUAUCCGAAGAUCUAGCAAAAAGUUUUUGAAGUGCUUGAGUACAUGAAUGCUACCUAGUAAAAGCUGUUUUCCAUUGCCAGGAAAGAGUUUUUUGUCUUUUCCUCUUCAGUGUUUCAAACCAUAGUAAUCCCAAAAUCUUGUCACUUUUUAAACGUUAAUGUAACUCUGAGCAGAAAAUAGAUAUAUUUUAAGAUUUUUGCCAGUUAUGCCAUUCCAUAAUUGCUUAGCUGUAUUGUCCAUCAGUCUUUUAGAGCUAGAAGUAAACAUUCACUUCCUGUAAAUUACCCCAAAUUUCCCAAGCUGAGACUGAAACUUCUUCCCAUUUAGUUCCUUUUUCCUCAUAACACCAUUGCUGCCUUUCCUUCAUAUCACCACCUGACCAGUAGCUGAAUUCAAAAAACCUUAGAUUUCUUGGGGCAGUCCUCUACUGUUUUAUGAUGCCAAGUUUAUUUCUUUCCAGAAUAAUUGCCUUCUUUGUCUAGUCAAGCGGCCAUUUUUAAGGGAGAAAAGCAAGUUGGGUUCACAAAAUAGACGGCCUUCUGCCUACAAAGCAGCUUAUGAACAUAAAUGAGUCUAGCAGUAGUUUGGGUGUUCUCAUUACCUUGGGGCAGUCAUGGCCAGCAGGAUGCCAGAAGUGUAGUGUUUGUGUUGGAUUAGCCUCUCCAUAAAUUGCAAUUGUUCCAGGACUCUAUACUUGUGGUAUUGAAGCGCCUGAAGUCUUCUGCCCUUCACCAGUUGCUGCCGUUUUCUGGGACUUCUCCCAGGAGUUGUCAGUCCAGUCUUAAAGAUACUUCACUGUGAAAGAAGGAACUAAACCAUCAGGACUCUUUUACACUCUUUUCUCUUAGUUUAUAAUACAAUUUAAUACCCAAAAUGAUAGGAUUUUGACAUUGCUGAAUGCAUGACCAUGUGUUUUGUAUCUUUCUUUUCAAGUGAUGAUAUUAAGGUAAGUUUUUUUGUCCUUUUUUAUUUUCACUUUUUGUGAAUUCUUUCAGCUUCUUCUGGUUUAUAAAGAUAUCGUCUAAGUUCAUUAGACCUUUGACUUUAACAGAUUUGUGACAUGGAUGUAUUUAUUCACAAGCAGACUCCAAAGUGGAAAGAUAUAAUCCUUUUACCCGGCCUAAAGUUGAGGUGCCAUGAGCAUGUGGGAAGUCACUUGUGCACUUUUGCAUGUUUGGAGGGAAGAUACGGAGUGUGCGUGACAGUUUUCGUAUGACACAUGCAGCACACUCCAAAGAACAGUUUGAGAUCAACCAUUUCUCAUCUUCCUAAAAAGUAACUGCUGUUGGGGUCAGAGAACAUCAAGGGAGAUGGGCCUGUCCACCUAGCUGUGCCUUGGUGAAUACAAAGGCUUCAAGAGAAGGCAGAACGUGUGGUAGGAAAGGAAGUAGGGUAGGUCCUGCUGCCUAGGUUAAAAACAAUUGGCAGAACAACAUUCAAGAUGUGGAAGCUUUGGUGUAAAUAUGCCUACUUGCAAUGGAAGGCCAACAACACAUAUCCUAACAAGUUUUAAUAGCCUCUACUCCUCGCCCUUCAUAACUGACCCACAAUUUUUCAACUUACUUUACUAUAUUCUACAAGUAAAUUAUAUCUUAGGGUAGUGUUGUCCAUGUGAGACUUAGGUAUUAGAACAGAUAGCUCAGGGUCAGAAAAGGUCUUUGUCUAUGGUUAACAAAUAUAGAUUCCUCGGCUGAAUCUUGGUGCUUAAACCAGGAGGUUCCAGUCUAGUCCUAGAGAUCUGUCCCUCUGGAUGGUCUGACGCCCUGUGACUAAGCUGGAUAUAUGCUUUCAGCCUUAUUUAAUUCACAGAGAAGUUGACUUAACUUUUUAUUUCAACUAAUGAAAACAGUCCUCUGUUCAGCACCAGGUUGCUUCCAUUUUGCCAGUCUCCCCAGGUGACCAUUGGUGGAGACCAAUUAAUGAAGGAAUGAAUUCACUUUCUUGAGACUGUGGUAUUCUACAAAGCCACACUUAACCACUUUUUCCAGUGAAGACUCUACACAAUGAUAACACCCAAAAACGGAUGGCCAAGAAGAGUUUGUAUCUACAGUGUGCUUUGUGUAUUUUUGACACUGCUGUAUUCUGUGUGUUCAAGUGACCUGUAACUGGUUCCAAUGUGACUGAAUGUUCUCAAGUAAUGCUAGUAACUAAGUCAAUUUAGGAUUUUUUUGUUUUAUUUUAAGUCUGAUAUUAUUAUUGGUCUCAAAUUUACCACUUUGAUUCCAGUCUUUUAACUGUUUAUAAUGGGGCAUACCGAGGGUUGGGAUGAGAGCUUACUUCCUACCUCUUACGGCACUUUCCUCAUUGUUUUGCCAUAUAACCUUGAACUGCAUGAUAAGCUGUUUAAACGUCCACGACUUAUCCCAGAGCAAUUAGCAAAGUAUAUGACAUUUUGAAUAGAGAUUAGUGGAAAGGAAAAUGUAGAGAUUUAAGUCCACAGGUGCAAGCCUCGAGAAAUUUGUCUUUAGAGCACAUACCAUUUGAGUACAGUAUAUGUAACGUAUAUGAGGAGAGUCACUAAAAUAGUCCUCUCUAAGUAGAUUAGUUCAAUAUCUAAUAGAAAUGAUCAUCUUUACUCCUAUUAUUGCUGUAGAACUGAAUGAACUGUAUGCUGGGUUUUUCACAAGUAUUUAAAAUAAAACAAAUACAAGUCAAGGGCAUAAGGAGAAAGUUUGGUUUGUGUUUCUGUAAGUGUAGUUUACCAUCUAAAGCUUUGUGUUUUUUUUUUAAACUUAAAAGGCUUCAGUGUAUUGCCAUUCAUUAGCAUCCUUAAUAAUCAUGGGUGAUGAGUUGUAACUCUUAAAAUUAUAUACACAUAUUAGUUUACCUUAAUUCUUGCCCUAAAUAAAAGGGAAAGUAUACACCUAAGGGAUGUAAUUAUUUUGCAUUUUUGGCCAUGGGUGGGAAUGGGGUGGGUGUCUACUUUAGCAGUUUUUAAACAAAAAUCACAAAUAUUUUUCUACUAUUAUAUAUGAUCUUACUUUAUACUAGUUUCUCUCUAGUAAGGCAUGCCAGAAGCCCAAGGUACCAUAUCACAAGUUCUUAUGUAUUGUACCUUCUGUUGGUGGUUAAAUCGCAUCAGAUACUUGGCACUGCCGCCAUAAUUAAAUGCUUGUAAAGGAUCAAAUAUCACUGAAUACUUUCAAUUGUUUCACUUAAGAGUCUAAUCUGGGAAGUUUGCAAAUCAUACUAUUAAUGUGUAAUCUAAGCUCUUUUAGAUGUAUCCAUGAAUAAUCCUGGAACAAUAUUGCUUGUAUUCCUGUCAUAGAACAGGUUUUGUAAUCUUUAAAAGAAAUGAAAAUUUAUAUAAUAAAAUUUCAAAUAAAUGCAUGUAUGUCCCUUU